UAAACGCGAACACAAAAUGCAGCGUACCGGUGUUAAUCAAAAGCGUAAGCGCAAUGUUUUAACUAUUGAACAAAAAAUGGAAAUUUUGAAACGAUUUGAAAAGAACACAAGUGUUGCUGUGUUGGCUACAACAUAUAACAUUGGAAAACAAACGGUUCGUGACAUUAUAAAGAAGAAAGCCGAAUUACAGAGCUUUGUAGCAAAAGCUGAUAGUGCAAAAGCUAUUUCGGACAGGAAAUCUCUAAAAGGGUCUACAUUCCGAGAGCUUGACGACGCUAUGACCAGGUGGUUCUUGCAGAAAAGAUCAGAAGGUGUUCCAAUAUCAGGACAUAUGUGUGCUAGGCAAGCUGAAAUGUUCCACAAGGAGUUGAAAAUUGAAGGAAACUUCUCAGCAUCCUCUGGUUGGCUAUACAGGUUUAAAAAACGUCAUGGAAUACGAGAAUUAGCUGUUCAAGGGGAAAAAUUAAGUGCAGAUAAUGUCGCCAUGGUUGAAUUUUGCUAUGAUUUGGAAAAUCUUAUAAAGGAGCACGACUUGAGACCUGAGCAAGUCUAUAAUGGAGAUGAAACUGGACUUUAUUGGAAAGCAAUGCCGCGACGAACACUUGCUGCAGGCUCAGAAAGUAGCGCACCAGGUUUCAAAGUAAGCAAAGACCGUGUAACAGUUUUAUGCUGUGCAAAUGCAUCAGGAACUCAUAAGCUUAAGUUAGCAGUCAUCGGAAAAUCCAAAAAUCCAAGGGCUUUUAAAAAUGUAAAAACAUUGCCUGUUGAUUAUUAUAAUCAAAAGGCAGCUUGGAUGGAUAGAGUAAUUUUUAAAAAGUGGUUUUUCGAAAAAUUUAUACCUCAAGUUGGAGAUUAUUUGCAAGAAAAUAAUCUUCCUCCCAAGGCUGUACUGUUACUGGAUAAUGCACCAUCGCAUCCUGAUGUUGAACAACUGAAGUCAGCAGAUGGGAACAUAUUUGCAGCAUAUUUUCCUCCGAAUGUAACAUCUAUUGCCCAGCCAAUGGACCAAGGCGUUAUAGAGACAAUGAAAAGGCUUUAUAGAAAAGAUCUUAUGCUUCAAAUGUUGGGAGAAUGUGACUUUAUGGAGUUUUGGAAACGUCUUAAUUUGAAAGAAGCAAUUUAUGCUGUAGCUCGCGCCUGGAGUGAAGUGAAAGCGUCUACAAUUAAAAAAGCAUUUUAUAAAAUAAUGACUUUAGAAGAUAUAUCAGAUGAGAAAGGUAUUGAAGACGAUAAUGACUUAAAUGAAGGUGAGUUAUCAGUCGGAGACAUAACAUCUAUAGCUUCCCAUAUCAAAGGUUUGGAAGAAAUAGACAAAGGAGAAAUUCAGGAAUGGAUAGAUUGUGAUGAAGAAGAAAAAGGUUAUCAGAUUGUAGAUGUCGAUUAUUUGAAUAAUCAGACGUCCGCAGAAACCUCUGAUGAAAGUAGUGAUGACGAUGAAAAUAAUUGCGUAAAAAAAAUAAGUCAUCGAGAAGCAGGGGAUGCAGUAAAUUUACUUAUCCAAUAUUUUGGAGAUCAGCCUGGAAUUGAUGAUAUUCUUGAGCUUCAGCUUAGAAAAAUGAAGGAGAUUAUAAAGUCUAAAAUUUACGAAUCCCAAAAACAAACAAAAAUUAGUGAUUUUUUCAAGUGAUUUUUCAAUGUGACAUACAUAUAUACAUUGUUCAAUGUACGUUUAGACAUUAUGUAUAAAUAUUGAAACUGUUAUUUUUUGUUACAUGUAUCUAGCAUAACGUUUUUUUUCUUUGUUUUACACAUGGCUUUGUCUAAA